UGCAGCAGUAUGGUGAUAACUGGCGACCGAUAGCCUACGCUUCACGUGUUAUGACGCAUGCCGAACAAAUGUAUUCACAAAUAGAAAAAGAAACCAUGGGCAUCACCUUUGCAUGCGAAAAAUUUCGUCACUUUGUGUAUGGCCGCAAAAUUAUCAUUGAGACAGAUCACCGGCCUCUUAUAGCCAUCGCAUCCAAGGGUAUCGGAGAUAUGCCACCGCGACUUCAACGCUUCUUCCUUCGUUUGCUGACAUACGAUUAUGAACUCCGAUUCAUUCCAGGGAAGCAGCUGGUCCUUGCCGACAUGCUGUCCAGAUCGUCACGACCAAGCAACGAGGAAUACGCAGGCUCGACAGAAGACGUCGAAGUCCACGCAGUCGCUGUUAUAUUGGAUUUGGUACGAUUUCAACCAUGUAACAUCGAGUCCCGGAUUUCCCCGCUCCAAUGGACUUGCCGAGAAAGGGGUGCAAAUUGUAAAAAGAAUUGUGAAGAAGACGUCGGAAACCCGAGACGACCUCUGGCUGGGUCUUCUGGCCUAUCGCACUGCUCCUCUUGAAGAUGGUCGGUCUCCAGGAGAACUCCUACAGGGAAGAAGACUUCGCACUCCCCUACCAGACUUCACGCAAGAACCCUGCUCCCCAGUAUUCAAGCGAAACCCACCCGACGCGCGGAGGAGAACUUUGCCGCCGCUAAGGAAGGGAGAUGUCGUCCGGAUUAAAGGCAAACAGUGGAUUCGACGAGCCCAGGUCGUUGGCAAGCUAGCACCGCGGUCUUACCAGGUAGUCACAGAAGACAACCAGCUGCUGCGGCGCAAUAGGCAGCAUCUGCUCAGGACGCGUGAACCUUUCCUGCUUGGCACAACUGAAAGCAGUGACUCGGACAACGAGGACGCAGCCGAGAGAAACGAGCUUUCGCCACCGUGCUCAGCCGGUCCGGCUUGUACACUGCCAGCGGGGACAGUCGGCACGUCCAGCACGACAACAGCAGCGCCGGCUCCUAGGCGAUCAGCACGUCCAACACGUCAGCCGCGUCGGCUGUACUACGAUGCUAAUUUUCAGCAAGUGUGUUAAGUUUCUAUGCAGGAUAACUUCCCAUAAAGAAAGGAAGGUGUAUCGAGCGUGUCAUGUGCACCUGCAACUGCGCAUGCGUAUCAACCAUGGUGUCCCUUUAUAUGCGCGAGCCUUACCUGAAUAAACGUCUUUCGUUUGGU